UUGCCGCGAAAUACCCGCGUGGGUCGCGGCCGCCCCGCGGAGGGCGGUGCGUGGCCGGGGCCAUGGCGGCCGCUCGGCUCCGGUUGCUCGGCCUGCGGCUGGGCCGCGGCGUCCCCCGCCCGCUCUGCAGCCGCCUCUCAGCUCGCCAUUUCCAGGUCAGCGCCGCGAAGAAAGCGAAGGCGGCGGGAGAUGAGGCGGGCCAGGCCUCACCGCUGAGCCCGGAACAGGUGGAGCGGAUCCGUAAGAACAAGGAGGCGGCGUUGCAGCGGCUGGCCGAGAGGAACGUGCCCGCGGGCUUCGGGGAGAGCUGGCGGCGGCAGCUGGCCGGGGAGUUCUCGAAGCCCUACUUCAUGGAGCUGAUGGCAUUCGUAGCAGAAGAGAGGAAACGCUACACGGUCUAUCCACCCCCCGACCAAGUCUUCACUUGGACGCAGAUGUGCGACAUCAGGGAUGUAAAGGUUGUCAUUUUGGGACAAGAUCCAUAUCAUGGACCUAAUCAAGCUCAUGGGCUCUGUUUCAGUGUCCAGAAGCCUGUUCCACCUCCCCCCAGUUUAGAAAAUAUUUACAAAGAACUAUCUACAGAUAUUGAGGAUUUCACUCAUCCUGGUCAUGGUGAUCUAACUGGCUGGGCCAAGCAAGGAGUGCUCCUACUUAACGCUGUCCUCACGGUGCGAGCUCACCAGGCCACUUCCCACAAGGAGAGAGGCUGGGAGCAGUUCACAGACGUGGUGGUGUCCUGGCUCAACAAGAACUUGCACGGGGUCGUCUUCAUGCUGUGGGGAGCCUAUGCCCAGAAGAAAGGCAGCUCCAUUGACAGGAAACGCCACCAUGUCCUGCAGACAGUCCAUCCCUCGCCUUUCUCCGUCAACAGAGGGUUUUUUGGCUGUCGGCAUUUCUCGAAGACGAAUGAACUGCUCAAGAAAUCUGGCAAGAAGCCCAUUGACUGGCGAGCGCUCUGAGCUGCGCGCAGAACCUGGUGGGGUCUAAUGGUUGGAAGCAGGCCCUGUUUCAGGGGUUGUCUCGUUUCUGAAAAACUUUUGCUAACCUGAGAAUUACUCUUCAGAUGUUGAUCAAGGAACAAAUGACCAAAAUUUCAGAGAUGUUCUAUUUUUUUUUAAAAUGUUUUUUAAAGAGCAUAUUGGAGUGUUUGUUAGAUAACUUCUCUGCUGUUUGAACAGGUUUCGGCCUAGUUUGAUGCAAAGAAAAAAACCCACCAGAGUUCUGUAUUAACUUGUGUUCGUUGUUGUAAUGGGAAUAUAUUUUCAGGCUCUUGUGAGGCGAUGUUGGUUCUUGCAGGUGAAGCUGUUCAGCUUUUGUAAAUACGCUGCUGUGCCUCCUCCUACUGUGCAAAUCCAGAUUUCAUAUUUGGGGGGUGUGGAGCUGACUCCAUGGGAGAAAAGGAAGAUGCUUUUGUUUUUAGCUUUUUGCUACAGAUUACAAGAGUUAUUAGAAGUAUGGCCUCUUGGGACUGUAAAGACCAUAUGCUGUCAGAAGUGUUACUUGGUGUAUCCAUACUCUCAAGAUUUCAGGAUAAAUCUCCCCAGCAGCCGAGGGGAGACUGCGCUUUUUGUUGGCAUUUAGAGAAGAAAACCAUAAGUUUUUAGAUUCUUACUGGAUGUGUUAAUCACUUGGAUGACAGGUGAGCUGUGAUAACCAUGAACUUUGUGGUACCUGCCGAUGGCAGCAGCGAAGGUUUGUUUGUCAAGAUCUGCCAGUUGAUGGGCUGAUGUUUGCAAAUUAUUUAAGAUCUUUUAAGAUCUGAAAACAAGGAGUUUUGUGCUUUGCCUUCAUGGGAGGAAAUCGAGGUUUCUAGCCACUGUUGAAAAUAACUGUUGGGACUUCAGGAUGAAGAUGAGGUUGGACUUUGCACAUCUGGGUUUCCAGUCCAUCUUUGACUUUGUAAUUCCUUUAAUGGGAGUGAAGUGCCUUGUUCGUUUGGAAAUUACAUCAGGUUUUAUAGAAUACCCCUGUAAACCUUUCUUUGGUAUUUGCUCCAAUAGGUAACACUAGUACAAGGGAAGUUUACACUUUCUGCGGCUGUGUUGUAUUUUGGUUGGUUGGUUUUGUUUCUGUCCCCCCAGUUUGUUUUUUAAAUAAAAAUUACUUUGUUGA